AGGGAAAUAGAGAGCGGUGAUUUCUUAUGGGGGGCGCUAAUGAGAAAAAAAAGUGAAGUGAAAUUUUUUGGUAAAAUUAGUGCAAUAAAUAGGGUGUGAUAUGAUUAUGGAGAGGAAAAUCAAAUUAAAGACUCUCAAUAGUCACAUCACAUGCAAAAUAUGUCGUGGGUACUUCAUCGAUGCCACCACAGUCACGGAAUGCCUCCACACUUUCUGCAAGAGUUGCCUGGUGAAGCAUCUGGAGGAGAACAACACAUGCCCCACCUGUGGCAAUGUCAUCCAUCAGUCACACCCACUGCAGUACAUCAGUUUCGAUCGUACAAUGCAAGAUAUUGUGUACAAAUUGGUUCCCAGUCUUCAGGACAAUGAGAUGCGACGAGAGAGGGAGUUCUACAAAGCCAGGAACCUCCCGUGCCCAAAAGACCUGCCACAGAAUCACGAAUUGGAAGAAAGUGGGGCAGAUAAGCUGAAUGAGGCGCACGCCGAAUCGGACUACCAUCGGCAGGAUGAGCAAGUGAACGUGUGCUUAGAGUGCAUUAGUAACAAUUUGAAAAAUCUCAAGAGGCGCUUCAUCCGAUGCAGCUCCCAAGCAACCAUAACGCACCUCAAGAAGUUUGUGGCCAAAAAGGUGUUGAAUGGAAUGGAUAAAUACAGAGAGGUGGAUAUUCUGUGCAAUGAUGAACUCCUGGGGAAGGAUCAUACCCUCAAAUUUGUCUAUGUGACAAGGUGGCGGUUUCGGGAUCCCCCAUUGCGAUUGCAGUACAGACCUAGGAUAGAGCUGUAGAGUACACACACAACUGCCCUCUUCCCCAGACUUAACAAAAAAAACUGUAUAGGCUAAAGAAAACCCAUCACGUCCCUCCAUAGAUCUCAUGACCCGCCACCCAAUGGCAAACCCAUAAAUCCCACCCACUCUCCAAGAUGCAUUUACCUACACUCCUUGUCAAGCUAUCCAGCGUGUUAUCGUCUCUCUUUUUUUACAGAAGAUUUAUCAAGAGAAUUGUGAGUAAAAGAGUUUUGUGUCCUUUUAGGAUAAAGAACUUUAAAGUUUUCUAGGUGAUUAAGCCAAAGUUACUAAAAAAAAAUGUCUUUUGAACCUUCUGUACAGGCAAAAGUUCAAUGAUCACAUCAUUGUGUAAACUUUGUGAGAGAAAGAACAGUCAAAAUGCGAAAAAUUGUUUUUAUGAUUCACUAAAGGUUUUGAAUUAUCGGAUUACGAUUAGGGGAAUGUGGCCCAAUUCUGAGCUCAUACAGCCUUUUUUUCAAUCCGAUAUUACUUAAAACUGAUAAAACUUUAAGUGUAGAAAGUUACGGGAGUGAAAAGAGCAUUAAAUGGGCUUGAAAAUGGUACCUACUAAAUUUAAGAAUAUUGCUUUUUAUUUUAAACCAUUUUUUUGUUGGUCUGCGCCGUCUGUGCGGACCUUUUGAGGUCAGAAUUGGGUCACGUUCCCCUAUGAUUUAAGGAAAAUAUCUUGCAAGGAUUAAUUUCAAUUAGAGCGAUAUUAAGAAUAAUUUUCCGUAAUCUGAAGAACCUAAAUUACCCUAAAAGAUUGAAUCUUUAAGGAACUUGUAGACAAGUUAACCCAGAUAUGUCCAAGAUUUUUUAGGUCUGACUUUAGAACGAAGAGAAAACUUAAUUCUUAACCAAUGUUCUUAAAGUUUUGCACAAGAAGUUCAAGAACUCUUCUUUUAAUCGAAUUAAUCUAUUUUCGUGAAAUUCAAAGUAGCAAACAAGCUCUCGAGUUUACUAAAUUUAGUACAAAAUAAGUAUAUCUGAGUUAAAAAUCUAAUCAAGUUCUUCUACUCAUAAUUUUUGUGAAAUAUUCUGUAAAAAAAAGAAAAGAAUAAACACGGCUCAUGCACCUUCAAAGACACCUUCCCUACCUAAUCCAAUCCAUCCUCAAAGCUCCCAAAUUGUACAUUUAUGAAUAGUAUACAUAUAUCUUUAUUAUUCUCCUUAUAUAUUAUUAUAUGAAUUUAUAUUAUGAUAAAUUUUUCAAGUAUUCGUGCUCCUAAAUUGUGUCCAAGUAAAGAAGAAUUUUUUUUGUGAAUAAUUUCUUCAUUUUAAGAUAGUUAAAAAAAAAGAAUCACAGCUAAAAAAGAACAAUAUGGAGGGUUUUUAUCGUGUUAAGACUUUCUUUUUCUCUGUAAACUAGUGCUGUAAGAGAACCUUAAAGAAAAAAAAACAAACUACACUCUUCUUGGAGCAGAGAAGUAAAUAAUAAAAUAAUUUUAAUAUAAUUGAAAUGAUGAGUAACACAAUAUCAAAGAUUUUUUGUGGUUUUGUGUCUGAUCCCGUCAAGAAAACGUACAUAAAAAUAUAUAUUAUUGUUCGAUUUAGUGCAAGAAGAUUGAUUGAAAAGAAUGGAUUUUUUCAAUGUUUUAGCAGAGAGAAAUACAAACAUUUUCUUUUCUCGGGUUAUUUUGUAGGAAAAAUAAAUUAUUUUAUGGAGAAAUUUCAAGUAAAGAUUAAGGAAUAAAUUUUUAUUCGUACA